AUGCUAAUAUUAAAGAGAUUAUUAACAACUUCUUGUACUUUAUUAGACACUUCUCCUAAAAACUAUUAUAAAAUUAUAGCUCCAUCAACUUUUGAAACUAAAAAAUGCGAAUCAUAUAACGAAAAGCACUCGUCAACCACGACUGAAAUUACAGCAACAUCAACAGCAACAGUAGCAGAUACGGUUGAAGACGAGUUGACAAUAACACACAAAACGAAACGAAAAUUUAUAUCCACUUAUAAGCGUUCAACUCAUCCAACAUCGGUCCCAUUAUCGAAAAUCUUCAGUAAUAACUUCCCCUUGAGUAUAAACGAAUCAUUUGAAGAUUACAAAUAUCGUAACAAUCCUUUGAAAUUUCAACAUGAUUUAUUAUCCAUAUUACCUUUUUAUCCUACUCCCGAUCCACAGGUAAAGACGAAAGAAGGGAGAUCAUCUGAAGUAUUGAAAGUUGAAAUCGAUGACAAGGGAAACUAUAUAAAUGAAUUUGUCAUUUAUCCUGAAAAUUACAAUCCACAAGUAAUGCCCGAUGACGAAUAUCAUCAUUUAAUAAUGGUCCAUGGAUAUGGAGCUGGACUUGGAUUUUUCUUGAAAAAUUUUGAUGAAAUUUCAAAUUUCCAACCCAAUAAUACCCAAAACAACAAAUAUAUUGUUCAUGCUAUUGAUUUAUUAGGUUAUGGAUGUAGUUCCAGACCAAAUUUUUAUCCUCAAAAUUUAGAUCAAGUGGAAAAUUGGUUUCACGAUUCAUUUAUAACUUGGUUACAGAAAAGAAAUAUUCCUAGUGAUAAAACUAUUGUUAUGGCUCAUUCCAUGGGGGCAUAUCUCAUGGCAACAUUAGCCAUUAAUCGAAAUUUAAAAUUUUGUUCCAAAUUAUUAAUGGUAUCACCAGGAGCUAUAAUCAAACAUCAAACCCCUGUUCAAGUACCUCGAUAUUUUGUUAAAUUAUGGGAAAGAAACAUAUCACCUUUCACUAUUGUUAGAAAAUUAGGUCCAUUAGGUUCUAAAAUCGUUAGUGGCUGGUCAUCAAGACGUUUUGAUAAAUUAACUAGACAAGAAAAAAAAUUAUUACAUAAAUAUUCUUAUGGAAUUUUCCAAAGUAAAGGUUCUGGUGAAUAUAUGUUGAAUUAUUUAUUAGCUCCUGGAGCUGAUGCUCGACAUCCAUUGGUUGAUAGAGGGAUAGAUAGAAUUACUUGUGAUGUUUCUUGGUGGUAUGGUAAAGAAGAUUGGAUGGAUAAAAAAGGUGGACAAAUAUGUAGUGCUAUCAUUAACAAUAAGGGGGAAUUCAAAAGUGAUGUUAAAAUAAUUGAGGAUAGUGGCCAUCAUAUUUAUCUUGAUAAUAUCAAAAAAUUCAAUUCCAUGGUACUUGAAGAAAUGAAUCAGCUAAUAAACAAGUAA